UGUCACGAGUCGCUCACGUGGAACUACAACUCCCUGAAUGCACUGCGAAACCAGAGCUUUCCUGCGGACCCUUUUUUUUCCUCUCUCUUCACCGCCUAGGGCGGCGGGUGACUAGCGCUCACCAACGUGUGACAGCUUAGUCGUCUCAAAUAUGGCGCCCAAAUCACAGCUCGGCUCAGGGAGGGGGGAAGGCAGAUAGGGUGACUUCGGCUUCUCUCUUCCUUACGCGUAAACGUUUUAGGUUUCUCAUCCGGCAUAUCUCGGUUGGCCCCCCCCCCCUCCCCCGCAUCCCCCGCCUCCGUGGGAGGGUGGGACUUCGUGGCGGGAUUUCCGGCUCUGAAGGACCCCGCGGCUUCAGUCCCCCGGAAGCGCCUCGCUUUACGCUGGGGCUAUAGCCGCACUAGUCGGGGGGCAAUGGAGACCAGAUACACGGGUUGAACGGGACGCUGGGCUAGAAGCGGGCCCCUGGGCCCGGGACCUCGGCCCUACUGGUGUGGGGGAAGCUCGCCCUACACCAUGGCGGCUGCCGUGUCCUCGGAGCCAUUCGAGAAGCUGCACGAGAUCUUCCGCGGGCUCUACGAUGACCUGCGAGGGGUCCCCGACAGGCUCCUGGGGAUCGGGGGGACCGAAGAGAAAAAGAAGUUAAUCAGAGAUUUUGAUGAGAAGCAACAGGAAGCAAAUGAAACGUUGGCAGAGAUGGAAGAGGAGCUACGCUAUGCCCCCCUGUCUUUUCGCAAUCCCAUGAUGGCCAAGCUUCGAAGCUACCGCAGAGACCUGGCCAAGCUCCAGCGGGAGGUGAGGAGCACUCCACUGACAGCGCCACCUGGGGGCCGAGGAGACAGCAGAUAUGGGGCAUAUGCCGUAGAGAAUGAGCACAUGAAUUGGCUGCAAUCUCAAAGAGUGUUACUUCUGCAAGGCACUGACAGCCUGAACCGAGCCACUCAGAGCAUUGAACGCUCCCACCGGAUUGCCACUGAGACAGAUCAGAUUGGUUCUGAGAUAAUUGAAGAACUAGGAGACCAAAGAGACCAGCUGGAACGCACAAAGAGCCGACUGGUGAAUACAAAUGAAAACUUGAGCAGAAGCCGAAAGAUCUUGCGUUCGAUGUCUAGAAAAGUGGCAACCAAUAAACUGUUGCUUUCCGUGAUUAUCCUUCUGGAGCUGGUCAUCUUGGGAGGCCUAGUCUAUUACAAGUUCUUUCGAAAACAAUGAAAAUCCCUGCCACCUCUUUACUCUCCUUGUGGAUCUCUAAAUCAAAGAGCUAAAGAACCAACUUCACUGCUAUGGGCUGGCAGUUUAAGCGCUCAGACUGUGUAAGAGGGAAGGCAGACAGCAACUGGAAAUGUGAAAUAAUAGUAACAAGGCUGGGGUGCUAUACCAAGGUAACAAAUGCUGUGUUUAUUCUUUAAAUUUAUAGAGCAUUCUAAUAUAUUAACUCACAAUGAACUAAAUAAAGCCGGUUACAGAAUACAGUAACAUUGGUCACCCAAAAUGAGGGAUUUUUUUUUAAACAAUUGGGAGAAAAAUGCUCUCAUGAGGGCAGUAUUGACAUCGCCAAUUUUAAUAUCCCUUUAAGUGCCUCCGUAGAAUUCUGGAAUGCCCAUUGUGGAAAAAAUACUGACUCCCUAAAUUCGAACACGUUCUUCACUGUCCGAUUCAUCUGGUGAACUGGGAGUGGGAAGAUGGUCAUAACCAUCGUGCUGUCCUUCCCUCUUCUGGCCGAAGCUUGAGGCGAUCACAUCCACGGCCAGCCCAGCUGUGGCCUUCACUUCCUCUGAAGUAGCCAAGAGAGGAUUGAUUUCAACUAGAUCCAGGGCCGACAGCAAACCUGUGGGAGCAGAGCCACACAAACUAUAUGAGAUGAUCCUCCUACCAAAGAGGUCAGUCAAUAGGACUGGGAAAGAAAGGUAGCCAGCCUUGAACUGCUCAUUUCAGGGGUGGAACUACAUCUUAAUGGUUUAGCUGCUAUGUUUUAUAUACCUCUACUGGAAUAUAACUUUUGCUUUAGAAAGUAAAAGUGGAAUUGGAAUGAC